CAGCGCAGUGCCCAGUGUAACACAGAGACACAGAGAGAGAGACAGAGAGAGAGUGUGUGUGUGUGUGUGCAUCCCUCUGCACAUACCCACACUCACAUCCACACAACACAACACAUCAAAGCAGCAGCUUGCCACCAAGAUUUGUAUCUGACCCGCAACAAGAGAGCAAAAACAAAAGGUUCUGAUGGCUGGAGACAAGGAGCUGGUGAAGGCCUUGGAUGCCGACCAACUGGCGGCCAUGUUGGAGAAAGGGACGGAGCGGGUCCUGGUCAUUGACUGCCGCCCCCUGGCCGACUACAGCCUCCUGCACGUGCUGGGUGCCGUCAACGUCUGCACCUCCACCAUGGUCGAGGGGCGAGAUUGGCUCGCCCAGCUCCUGCCGCCACAAUCUCCGAUGGAAAGAAAGGAACUGGUAUUCUACGACCAGGAAACAGAUGAUGUCCAGGCCCCCGUGCCAGUCGGCAACCUCAACCAUCUCCUCAGGGAGGUGAACCACUUCAGCAACGUGUAUUUCCUUAAAGGGGGCUUUGUGGAAUUCUCCUCGUGCUUUCCCAGCCUGUGUGAAGGGAGGGCUCCGCGCCUGGGCUGCAGCUUCUCACAGCCCUGCCUGUCCACUACUGACCUGGGCCCCACUCAGAUCCUGCCCUGCUUCUACCUGGGCUCCCAGACCGACGUCCUCAAUAAGGAUCUAAUGGUUCAGAACAGGAUCACACACAUCCUGAACGUGAGCAGCAACUGUCCGAAGCCUGCCUUCAUCCCGGACAGUCACUUCCUGAGGAUCCCAGUCAACGACAGCUACUGUGACAGCCUCCUCCCCUGGCUGAACAAGUCGGUGGAAUUUAUAGACAAGGUGCGUGCGACGCGUUGCCGGAUUUUAGUCCACUGCUUGGCCGGCAUCUCCCGAUCCGCGGCCAUAGCCAUUGCUUAUGUCAUGAGGACAAUGGACUUGCCAUUGGAUGAUGCCUACAGGUACGUCAAAGAUCGCAGACCCACAAUAUCUCCCAACUUCAACUUCCUGGGCCAGUUAGUGGAGUACGAGAAGACUAUCCAAGUCCAUGCUUGUGCCCAGGUGACCCAACUCCACCUUGAACCAGCAGAUGCCCCAGGAGGAGUGGGCAGAUCGCAGUGCGGCACCAGCGAAGGGCCGAAUGAUGACCGUCAGAUGCUGAUCCCUCGCCUUCCAGACGAAUGUCGGGCCGAGCCGGACAAUGGCACCCGCCAGCUAGCCAGGAGGUGUGAGGAUGGCAGCCCGGAGCUGGCAGCCCUGGGCCUUGGCGUGGCCAACCUGCGCCUCUCGCCAGGGCGUGCGGCCCAUGCCAGCUGCAUGAAGUGGUCCUUCUCGCUGGACGUGAAGGCUGCCUAUCCAUCAGUCCCACCCGCCGGCUGCUGCCCCCGGACCCCACUGUCCGCGGAGACGGCCCCCGCCCCCAAACUGCUGGGACUCGGCGGCAAGCUGGCAGCCGGCACCUUCAACCCCUUCACUCUGUUGUUCGGCAGCGGCAGGAGGGGGCGCGGGGGGAAGGAAGACCACCCGCCCAGGGGAGGAGGAGAAGUGGGUGCUGCCCAGACGCGGAGGCUCAGGGGACACCCCCCUCCCGUUGGCCCGGAUCAUGGGCGCGCUCGGACAUCCUGCCCCUCUCGCAGGGAGGACGGCACCCCCGGCGGUCCCAGGUUGUCGAUGACGCUGCCCAUUCCCAAUGACAUUGCCCAGCCUAAGUCCCCGCUCCUCAAUUACAACAUGUGCCUGCUGAAUGUACGCACUAAGAGGACAGAACUCUCCCUGUUUGACCACCCGUUCAGCGGGCCCAUCAAAGCCAGCCAUGUUACGGGGAACACCGCCAUCUACGCUGAAAACAUGGUGGAAUCAUAAUCCCACCUCACCGUCUCUCCAAGAUGGCUUCCCCCAAGAGGCGAACAAGAUGGCUUCCCUCAAGAGGAGCCGCCAGCUCUCACUUUCGUUGACUUUGCUAUGGGUCGCGAGCUAGUACAAAUGUCCCCAUCCCCCUCUCCCCCCUCUCCCUCAGUGACCUUAGGAUGACUUUCGAGCAAACCUCUCCUGAAGCAGGGGAACGCCAGCGUGCCACACUUACCCUCAGAAGCUGGUGGGCACUUGCGUGAAGAUGGAACACCCACACACACACACACACACACACACACACACACACGGGAAUGUGGCAAACAGGCCCAAAGGCUUUUUCCCUUUCUCGCCAGCAUUAAAAAUUGACAUUUUUGAGGGGAGA